ACAUCCGGUAACAUGAAUUUAUGUGUUACUUUGUCAAUUCUAUUUUAUUUAUAAUAUGUUUUAUGAAUUAUAACCGUUUUGCAAUGGUAUUUUCAAUAAUGAUAAAUUUCAAGAAAGAGUUUGUUAUACGUUAAAACAUAUCGAUUGAUUUUCUCUUUUGAAAUACAACACAUAGCAGCCUCCUGCCAUGUCAGUGGAAUGUGAGGUUAUAUUCCAGGUCGACGGUCAAAAUUCAUUUUGUAUACUUUUAUAAAUAUAUAUGACUAAAGUGUUACUAAAAAAUGCCAAGUAUCAUCGAUAAUUUGUAAUGAAUUUGUUUAAACAUUAUGGCUAUUGAAGUUCAUCCUCUAACUAAUAAUCCUACCGCUGCUUGGUCUGAAUUGUCACAACAUCAAAAGGUUAUAAAAAUAAAUGUUAAACCACCAACAAAUGAUGCUCCAAGUAAUAAGCUGAGAGUAGUAUGCAUGAGUGAUACUCAUUCUCUAACUCAAUAUAUCAAGUUCAAUAUUCCACAUGGUGAUGUUUUUAUUCAUGCUGGUGAUUUUACAAAAUGUGGAAGCUUACAAGAAGUAAUUGAAUUCAACAAUUGGAUAGGAAAUUUACCUCACAACCAUAAAAUAGUGAUUGCUGGAAAUCAUGAAUUGAGCUUUGAUUCAACAUUCACACAUCCUUUUACAACUAAAAAUAGUGGUGAUAGACAUAAACAUAUGGGAACCAGUAUUUUAGAUAACAUUCCAACUCUCGGAAUGUCAAAAGAUACUUUAGCAGAGGCGAUAAAAACUGAAAAUGUUAAGGAUUAUUUAACAAAUUGUACUUAUUUAGAAGAUUCUGAAGUCGUAAUACAUGGAAUUAAAAUCUAUGGAACACCUUGGCAACCUGAAUUUUGUAAAUGGGCUUUUAAUGUACCUCGAGGUAAACCUUGUCUUACAAAAUGGGAAUUAAUACCAUCAGAUACUGACAUUCUUGUAACUCAUACACCGCCUAUAGGACAUGGUGAUUUAUGUUGUAGUGGAGUGAGAGCUGGAUGUGUUGAACUUUUAUCAAGUGUGCAAAAUCGUAUAAAACCAAAAUAUCAUGUUUUCGGCCACAUCCAUGAAGGAUAUGGCAUAUCGUCGGAUGGCAAAAUUAUUUAUAUCAAUGCAUCAACAUGUGAUCUGAACUACUUACCUAGUAACCCUCCUAUCGUAUUUGAUAUAACUUUACCAUCGGGAAUAGAUAAAAACGUAGAUUAAUAUUUAAUAUUAAGUAAAAGGGCACUGAAUAUUAUUAAUUUAAAAAUAAAAAUUAGAUAAUUUAGUUGUUUAAUUUCAAAAGUUAAAAGUUUCAAAUUGUCUUUAAUAUUUCCAGAUGUUUUUUUUUGUAUUGUCUUACAAAUUGUCAAUCUGAUUUUAUAAGUUGACUUAAAUGGUAAAUUUUUAAUUUAUAAAUAAAAAUUGGAAAUGAUGAAUAAAUAAUAAAAACAAUUCGACAUUUUGUGUAUAUACUUUUUGUUCAUUUUUUAAGUUUGUAAAUAAUUCGAUAUUAUCAAGUAAUAAGUAAGAUCAGAACGUAGAAAAAAAAAUUGUAAUUAAAAUAUAAAAGCAGUUAAAAAGAAUAUAUGUUUUAUACAUCGGAUGUCAGUAUUAAAACAAUUGGAAAUAAUUGUGGAAAGGUUUGAAAAACAAAUAUCACUUAUGAAAGCAUUAUCAUUUUAAUAAAACAAUGUAUUUUAGAGGAACUACAUGGCGUAGAUUAAAUUAAAAUAUCUCAUUGAAUUAUACAAAAAUUUGUAACGAUAAGAAAAAAUUUUUAAUUCUUACAAUUUUUUAAUUAUAAAAAUUAUGUAAUUGUUCUUAACUCAAAUAAUGUGGACACAAUCUAUUUGUACUUUUUAUAGAUUUUUACAAUCAAAUAUUUCAUUGUACAAUUCUAUUUUAUUCAUUGUAUUUUUUCGAUAUUAAGUAUCAAUUAAUUUGACAUAUUCAAUUACGGAAUAAUUUGUAAAUGUUUUAAAAGAAAAAAAUCCUCAUCUUCAAUAUUUUACAAAGAUACUACUUUGUAAGAUUCUUACUAACAAUACGAUACCAGAUCGUCAUUUGAUAAUAAAAAAAAAAACAAAAAUUGCUAAGUUGAAUCAAUGUUUAAAAAAAAAAAAA